ACAGCAUCCAAACAACGCACCUGGAAAGCAGUUGCAAUGGAGCCUGCAUCGCGUCUCACCAGGCUUCUUGGGCAGCUGAGACCUGGCCUUCGGGAAAAGGCCUUGCAGGCCCAUGAGCUGAGUGCAAGGUCCUUCAGUUCUCGACGUCCUCAGCAACUCCGUUUGCCUUUUUCAAAGGUGCUGAUUGCAAACCGUGGUGAGAUUGCAGUGCGUGUGGCACGCGCUUGCCACGAAGAAGGUCUCACAACAGUCGGAAUCUAUGCAGAGGAGGACAAAAGUUCCCUGCAUGUCCAACGAGUCACAGAGGCUUUGAAGGUGACCUCGUCCAAGCCUGGGCCAAUCGCCCCUUACCUUGACGUGCAGAGCGUGGUGGAAGCUGCAAAGCGUAGCGGGGCUGAAGCGGUGCAUCCGGGCUAUGGCUUUCUGUCCGAAAGUGCUGAUUUCGCAGCGGCCUGCGAGGACGCAGGAAUUACCUUCAUUGGUCCGCGCCCGGAGACAAUCGCCUUGCUUGGAGACAAGGUGCGUGCCCGGGAGCUGGCAAUGGCCAGUGACGUGCCGGUUCUUAAAGGAUCACCUUUUCUGAGCUCCUGGGUGGCUGCGAGGGAAUUCUUGGAGCGCGAGAGCUUGCCGCUGCCAAUUAUUUUCAAGGCUGCCUUCGGUGGCGGUGGCCGUGGCAUGCGACUAGUGCGGGAAGACGACGAGCUGAACGAAGCCUACGAGCGCUGCACCAGCGAGGCCAAAACGGCUUUUGGUAACGGUUCCGUCUUUCUGGAAGAGUUCAUGGAAGAUGCUCGGCAUAUUGAGGUUCAAGUCCUUGCCGAUGGGCAAGGGGGUUGCGCUCAUUUGUAUGAACGGGAUUGCAGUGUGCAGCUCCGUAACCAGAAGGUGGUGGAAGUGGCUCCUGCGCGCAUUCAUCCAACGCUACGGAAGCGGAUCUCCGAAUGCGCUGUGCGAUUGCUGCUGAAAUGUCAAUAUCGGGGAGUGGGCACUGUGGAGUUCAUGGUGGCUGGCAGCCUUCAAGAUCCUGAUGCGCGCUUCGUGUUUAUGGAGGUGAACCCGCGAAUCCAGGUGGAACACACUAUCACCGAAGAGGCCACUGAUGUGGAUAUUGUCAAGACGCAAUUGGGCAUCGCAGGUGGCUUCAAGCUAGAGGAGCUCAGCUUGGGCCCAGGAGCUGACUUGGAAGCCUCCAAGCUUCGAGGUUUUGCCAUCCAAGCUCGAGUCUCACUGGCACCAGGUGGCAAUGAGGUCUCCAAGUAUCAAGAGCCUAGCGGCGAGGGUGUGCGUGUGGACGCAGCGCUUUAUGCUGGUGGCAAGCCGAGUAUGCAUUAUGACCCAUUGGUUGGAAAACUCAUUUGCUACGCUCCAGGUGAAGGCGAUGAUGCUUUUCAAACCUGUCGCAAACGGACCAUCACAGCCCUUGACUCCUACAUCAUUGACGGCGUGAACACCAACAAGCCGACGUUGAGGGGGAUCCUUCACCAUCCUGAGUUCAUCAACAACGAGGUUUUGCUUUCAUUCAUGGCUCGGCAUGGGGCUACUUUGGCUGGUGGCAUCAGUGUGCCUGUGGCAAAAGGCGAGAUGAAGCCAGCUGCUCUUCGGCGCCAGAAGCUGCCCGUGAUGUCGCCUUUGGAGGCUACAGUUAUCCGCAGCUGCGUUGCCGAGGGCGCAGAGGUGGAGGAGGGUCAAUUGCUGGUGCUCCUAUCUGCAAUGAAGUUGGAGACUGAGGUGCGUGCUCCUCAUGCUGGCACAGUCUUGAAAGUGGCAGUGACAGAGAACCAAACGGUUGGCUCCGGAGAAGACUUAGUCGUGUUGGAUGCAUUGGUCCCGGAAGAAGGUGAGGGUGCAGCUUCGGCGACAUCCGCUGCAGCAGCUGCCAACCGAAUCCGCCAAGGCAGUUUGACAAGUGUGGAUGGCUCAGCUGUUUGGUAUGGCAAGACCAGUGGUGUGAAGCCAUGCGAGGGCCCCACCAGCAGCAGUAUUCGCCUCCCCCCACCUCGGCACCAGGAUGAGGCAUACAUCCAGCGCAAGACGCACCACAGCCAAUUGUUGGAAGAGCUGCAAAGCCGUUUGGAUACUGCACGUGCUGGUGGAGGCGCUAAAGCCGUUGAGCAGCACCACGCGCGCGGGAAGGCAUUGCCACGUGAGCGCAUCGAAGCUGUGUUGGACCCGGGCACCAAAUUCUUGGAGUUGUCGCCACUGGCAGCUUUUGACCUCUACGACGGGAGCGCACACUCUGCAGGCAUUGUCACAGGUAUUGGACUGGUGCACGGCCGUGAGGUCUUGUUUGUGGCCAACGACGCAACAGUGAAAGGCGGCACGUACUAUCCCAUGACUGUCAAGAAGCAUUUGAGAGCACAGCAGAUUGCCAUGGAGAACAAAUUACCCUGCGUAUACUUGGUAGACUCUGGGGGCGCCUACCUUCCGUUGCAGGAUGAGGUCUUUCCUGAUCGCAUGCACUUUGGCCGCAUCUUCUACAACCAGGCGCAGAUGUCGAAACAUGGAGUGCCACAGGUCUCCGCUGUCCUGGGUUCCUGCACUGCUGGUGGUGCGUAUGUCCCGGCAAUGUCAGACGAGAACAUCAUCGUGAAGCGGAAUGGCACCAUAUUCCUCGGAGGGCCACCCUUGGUGAAGGCCUCCACUGGUGAAGAAGUAACUGCUGAGGAUUUGGGAGGUGCUGACGUGCACACCUCCAAGUCUGGGGUGGCAGACCACUUUGCAGAGAACGAACCCCAGGCCUUGGCAAUGUGUCGAGAAGUGCUGAAGUACACGGGCGGACACGAUGCUGCACUGCCUGAGGUGGAACCCGAGGAACCUUUGCUGGACGCUGAAGAAUUGCUUGGGAUCAUUCCUGAGGACAACUCAAAGGCCUUUGAGGUUCGGCAGGUCAUCGCCCGGCUGGUGGACGGCUCACGAUUUCACGAGUUCAAAGCUCGUUACGGUGUCACCUUGGUCUGUGGAUUUGCACACAUCCAUGGCUAUCCUGUUGGAAUUGUGGCCAACAACGGAAUUCUUUUUGGCGAGUCCGCACAGAAGGGCGCCCAUUUUGUGCAGCUGUGUGGGCAACGGAAGAUCCCGUUGCUCUUCUUGCAGAACAUCACCGGCUUCAUGGUCGGGAAGGCGUACGAGAACAGUGGCAUUGCCCGCGAUGGCGCUAAGAUGGUCAAUGCGGUGUCUUGCGUUGAUGUACCAAAGAUCACGGUUAUAAUCGCUGGCAGCCAUGGUGCUGGAAACUACGGCAUGUGUGGGCGUGCCUAUGACCCCCGCUUCAUGUUCAUUUGGCCCAAUUCACGAAUCAGUGUGAUGGGGGGUGCUCAAGCUGCAGAUGUGCUGGCAACUGUCAAGCAGGACCAGCUCAAGCGGCAGGGCAAAGCAGCGAUGACAGAAAAGGAGCUGAGCGAUUUCAAGAAGCCGACCUUGGAGAAGUAUGAAGCAGAAGGCAGCGCUUACCACUCGACUUCACGACUGUGGGACGAUGGUAUAAUUGCGUCGAGCCAAGUAAAAUCCCUUUGAGCAAGAAGAUGCAACAAGUAUGGAGAAAAAGCCUCGCUUUUUUGAAAGCAUGGUGUUUUGUUAUGUUGUGUUGUGUGCUUGAUGUCAACCGUUGGUUCCAAGAAAUGCGGCUUAGCGUCGUGAGACUUUCCAAGGAUCCUCGCGACACCCGCCAUGUAUUGGGUCGCUGCCUUCGAGUGUGCAGCCGGUCCCCGGGCUAUGGGUCAACGGGUGCUUAUGGCGUUUUCCGCAUGUGAAGGGAGAGCACAACGUGAAAGCUCCAUUGAAUCAAUAUUGAAGCUGUUGAAGGAGACCUAAGACCUAUCAAAUGAGUUCGCUUCUGUGCAGCAAACGUGUGAGAUUUGCCUGUUUGUGCGCAGCUCACGCUUCCAUCCUUGCUGUCCAUCUUACUUGGCACCUGGCACUUCCCCUGUUGUGAGAGAGUACAUACUGCGAAAUAGAAUAUCAAAACAUCAGCUGCAUAGGGUGUCACGCCGGCGCCAUAGAAAGAUUGGCGGUUGUGGUUUCAACAGAGCAUCGUGCGAUUGGCACUAGCCAGCUCAACAUUUGAAUUCCUCCGCAGCCUUGCCUCAAAGUGUUUGUAGGCUGUCUUUGCACACCUUUGUUCAGCCCAGGCUUUCUCGUCAGCUAUGUUCCAAUGGCUGCGGCUUCCAACUUUUGCUUCGAAGGUUCAUAAGGCCAUGAGGCCCCAAAACUUUAAAUUGGGGCCACGGCCAAAACCACUGGCCUUUGCUCAAAGCGUCGAAAAGAUCAGGUGAGCGUUGCACGCAAUGUUGCACAAAUGCUUGGCAGGCCUCCCAAAACGCACGUGUGUCCAGGUCCAUAGUCCACAUUCAUCCAAUUCUGACUGGCAGAGUUUAUUGGUGACUAUCUCUGUAGGCCUUUUUAGCAGGCGACAAAAAGCAAAGAACAGAAGACAUUCCCACCAACCAAGUCGUCACUGCGUUAUACGUGGCGGAACCAUAUAUGGAACCAUGUUUUGUUCACGCCGCUAGUAAGACCAUUCAGCCAUUUGUUUCUUUUAUCCCAUUGAAUGUUCAAGCGGACAGCUCGUGGCAGGGUAAGGGAUUUUUUUUGAUGCGUCCUACAGUUUCAUCCUUGCCUGUUUGUUGAGCAGUGAACAGAGUUUUGACAGCUCGAGCUUUGCAACAUGCCGGAGAGCCUGAC